CUUUGCCUCCUGUUGCUUGGACUGUGUGAGUGAAAACCCAGAAGACAGUUGGCAGCCAAGCUAGUGACAAUGGAAUCACAGGAAUCAGUGACCUUCGAGGAUGUAGCUGUAGCCUUCACCCAAGAAGAGUGGGCCCUGCUGGACACGUCCCAGAGGAAACUAUUCAGAGAUGUGAUGCUGGAGAACAUCAGUCAUCUGGUCUCGAUUGGCAAUCAGUUCUACAAAUCAGAUGUGAUUUCCCAUUUGGAGCAAGGAGAGCAACUUUCAAGAGAAGGGAUAUGUUUUCUGCAAGGCUGGAGUCCAGACAUGGAAGAUGAUCUUAAAAAACAAGAAAUGAUAUCCAUGCAACAUAUCUGCAAGAAGGACACAUCCUUAAUUAGUGCGACGAGUUCUCACACUCAAGAGGAUCCCUUUGAAUGUAGUGAUUUGGGAGAAAAUUUUACUGAAAUUUUAACAUUGACUCGAUGUGUGAUACCUCAGAUGGGAAAGAAACACUAUAUCAGCCAAGAAUUUGGAAAAGCCAUCAGUUACUUGUCAUCCCUUAAUCUACAUAAGAAAAUUCACACUAGAAGUAAAUCAUAUGAAUGUCGUCAACGUGGGAAUGCCUUUAUUCAAGGCUCUGCCCUUAGACAUCACAAUAAUACUCAAACUGAAGAGAAAACACUUGAAUGUCACAUAUGUGGGAAAGCCUUCAGUAAAAGUUCUAACCUGAGACGACAUGAGAUGAUUCACACUGGAGUGAAACCACAUGGAUGUCAUCUAUGUGGAAAAGCCUUCACUCAUUGUUCUGACCUUAGAAAACAUGAGAGGAUUCAUACUGGAGAGAAAUCAUAUGGAUGUCAUCUAUGUGGGAAAACCUUCAGUAAAAGUUAUAACCUUAGGAGACAUGAGAUAAUUCACACCAGAGAGAAACCACAUGAAUGUCAUCUCUGUGGGAAGGCCUUCACUCACUGUUCUGACCUUAACAAACAUGAGAGAACUCACUUUGGAGAGAAACCAUAUGGAUGCCAUCUAUGUGGAAAGACAUUCAGUAAAACUUCUUACCUUAGGCAACAUGAGAGAACUCACAAUGGAGAGAAACCAUAUGAAUGUCAUCUAUGUGGGAAGGCCUUCACUCAUUGUUCUCACCUUAAAAAACAUGAGAGAACUCACACUGGAGAGAAACCAUAUGAAUGUCAUCUAUGUGGAAAAGCUUUUACUGAAUCUUCUGUUCUUAGACGACAUGAAAGAACUCACACUGGAGAGAAACCAUAUGAGUGUCAUCUGUGUUGGAAAGCCUUCACUGAUUCUUCUGUCCUUAAACGGCAUAAGAGAACUCACACUGGAGAGAAACCAUAUGAAUGUCACCUGUGUGGGAAAGCCUUCAAUCACUCUUCUGUCCUUAGACGACAUGAGAGAACUCACACUGGUGAAAAACCAUAUGAAUGCAAUAUAUGUGGUAAAGCCUUCAAUAGAAGUUAUAACUUUAGACUGCAUAAGAGAAUUCACACUGGAGAGAAACCAUAUAAAUGUUGUCUAUGUGGGAAAGCCUUCAGUAAAUAUUUUAACCUUCGACAACAUGAGAGGACACACACUGUUAAGGUAAUAAAUGUGGAAGAGUCACCACCCAUAGCUUCAAACUAUAAACACUCUUGAGGACUUGCACAUUGAAGAAAUGCUAUGUUUGUAAUCAAUGUAGAAGAUCCUUUAUUAAUCCUUGUUACUUCACUCAAUUGAAGUUAAUUCAAAGUGGAGAGAAUUCAUGUGUAUGUCAUCUAUAUGACAAACCUUUAGACAGUGGACUGACCUGGGAGACAAUUUAUGACCUGGGAAAACUCAAACUGUAAAUGGAAUGAAUGCGGAAGACUCUUCAUCCACAGCUUUGUGAAACAAAAUUGAGAAAUCACGUCAGAGAAAUUCUAUGUACAUAAUCAAUGUAGAAAUACCUUCAUUUAUAAUUUAUCCUCUAAAUAAGUAAACUGCACAGGAAAGAAAAUCUUGAGUUGUAAUCACUGUGCACUCUCUCUCAGCUUAGCACCACUGAUGGCAUACACAAGAAAAUUCAGUGUCAGGUAACUGCUAAAACAAAUACAUCAAAUUCAUUACUAGAAGGAUGAUAGAAUUUUGUUGCCAAAGGGCUUUGUUCAACAAGAACAAAGUAGGACAUGAAGACAUUUAGAGUAUCUCAUUUUCAGGAUGCCUAAUAUAUUUACACUAAUUUAUGAAAUGACAAAUUACUGCCCCUCCUAGUGACAGAUGGAAAAUACUGUUUGGCAAAGCUAGGAGAGCAGAAAGAAGCCAAGAGAAUCUGUGCUUGCUGAUACUCCCCUGUCAUAAUAGCCAUGAAUCCACAAGUCACCAACUGGGAAUGAGAGCCGUGGGUCCCAGCCCCUCCCAUACACAAAUGCAGAAGGCUAGGAGA